AUGCACGCUUCCUCCCAUGCAAGCCAUGCAUCGCUGCAUAACUCAAUGGAGAAGCUCAAACACAAGCAACAAACAUGUAAAGCCAAAACGAUUUUCCACCUCGAAACCCGCAGUAUUGCUCACCAAUUUCCAAUCACAAAACUUUUUCCGAAUCCACCGCGCACAGCCCCACAACAACCCGGGCUUGCGCUUUGCCUUCCCCCGCCUUGUACCGGCUGCUUUGGCGGAUUCUCAUCCCAACUACGUCUCUGGAGUCUCCCACACGAACCAGCCAAGCACAGAAUUCAUAGCAUGGUCUUUGAAUCGCAUCUCUAUGAUGUGCUUAUGGUCUCUGUGACUGCGACUUCAGAAGAGAUCUCGCGAUCGUAUAAGAGAUUGGCGCUAAAGUAUCAUCCGGACAAGACGAACCAUAAUGAGACACUUACAGAAAAAUUUAAAGACAUCACCAAUGCUUACGAAAUACUCCGAGAUCUGAAGCAGCGGCUGAUCUACGACAAACAUGGGAAACAGGGCCUAGAAUCAUCUGCGCUGGCCGCAGACCCUGGCCAUACCUCUAGACGGCCGUCCUUUUAUCAAGAUAUUCACUCGCAAAUGCCUUCGAAUGGCUAUGGGUAUGAGCAUUCAAAGGUGUACUCGCUGUUUAUUGUGGAGCUGGAUCCUAUGUAUGAUGGGGACGUUCCGUUCCUCAAUCCUUUCGGCCAUUCGGGCUUUUCGGACUUCCAUGGCCAUCAGUUUUCAUACUCAAAUGUGCCUUAUUCAGUAAAUGAGCAAUAUCCAUAUGACUGUGAUAAUGGGCCAGUCAAUGAUCCAGGCGUUGCAUCUCAUGCACCUGCUCACAAAGAGCGUGGGAGCGACAUACACCACACCUUCCAAGCCACCUUGACUGACAUGUACUACGGUAAGACGGUCAAGUUCCUGCUACCGAGAAUGACAAAGUGUGUUUCCUGUGAUGGCAAUGGAUGCCUUCAUCCUGAAUCAUGCCUUCGAUGUGGGGGUAGCGGGCGUCUAACCAUCUCCAUGGGUGACCGCCAUGCAAGACUCCAAGAGACAUGUGUUUGUGGAGAGUGUAGAGGCCGAGGUAUUGCCUUUGACCCGUACGAUGUAUGUGAUAAAUGUGAGGGAGGAUAUCGACCAGAGAAAGAGUCAGUGAAAGUGUAUAUACUUCCUGGCUCAAAGCAUGGGGACUCGUUCGUGCUUGGCGGCAAAGGUGACGAAGGUCCUCACAUCAUACCCGGAGAUGUUAUCAUAUCGCUUGAGGAGAUUGCGCAUCCCUUCCUUGUUCGAAAAGGUGAUGAUCUUUAUAUGGAUCACGAUAUCGAUCUCAAGACCGCACUAUGUGGCGGCGUCAUUAUCAUACCAAAUUAUUUGAAAGAAGGCGAAGACCUCUCCGUCUCUGUGAAUGUGCACGGACACAAAAAUAUCAAUGAUUCAUUACACCUGGCUGUUCAUCAAGGCGAAAUAGUCGGCACUAUCGACUCAAGGAACCCGAAGAUGGUCAAGGGCCUCGGAAUGCCAAUCAAUCCUCUGAUGAAAAAUGGCAUACAUUAUCAAACUUGCAAAGAUCUGUCGAUGAGAGAUAGCUCGUCUCUUAUCAGAGGAGAUCUCAUCAUAACGUUCCAUGUAAAGCUUCCCUCGAUCAGUGAUUUAGGAAGCGAGAAACGAUUGGCUGCUCUACUUAAGCUUCUCCCUGGGGCAAGCAUUCAACAAUCUGACAAAAAAUUGUUUCGUGAGUGUUCUUUGUCCAACAUGCCUCCACUGCCGCUGGCAUCUACGCCGCUCACCCCGGGCGAUACUCAUCAGCAUGAACCCCCUCUACCUACUUCCAAUGGUAAUGGGCAUUCAAACGGUGCUCAAAAAGUGAACGGGGACUCAGCUAAUGAGAACCGUCGCAAACGACAAAAGCGCUCCGACCCCAAUGAUCGCUCCAAUGGGGUAGCAUCUUAA